AUGAGGGGGACUUCCUCUUCGUCGUCGGUGGAACAAGAGAGUGCUCAACCGGAGUCGACGACUCAGCCGCCUAGACCGAUAAUUGAGCGACGGCCAACACAUUUACCGGUCUUCUCACAACCUACUCAACCAACGGGCAGAGUGUAUGGCGGAGGGUCAGCAUCAGAUGGGGUCUUUGCAAACCUCAGUGCGAAGCCAGAGACUGGAGAAAAGCAAGAGGAACACCCACCUACAUACGAACAGGCUGCAGCAGAUGCCGCACCACCUUACUGGGAAACCACUAUUCUCGCACCAGGUCUGGGCGGUCCAGAUGAAGUCUACGUCGAGGGUCUCCCCGUUGGAUCCGUAUUCUCCUUCAUCUGGAACGGCAUGAUUUCAAUGUCAUUCCAACUCGUUGGUUUCCUUCUCACCUACCUCCUACAUACUACACACGCAGCCAAGAAUGGCUCUCGUGCCGGUCUUGGUAUCACUCUUGUUCAAUACGGAUUCUACAUGAAGGGCUCAGGGGGUGGGAUGUCUCCACCCGCAAAUGGACAAGAUCCGAACUACACGCAACCUCCGAACCCAGAUAGUCACGAUUUCGACCCGAACCAGGUCAACCAAGCUGCUGCUGCUCAAGGAAUGGAUUCGGGAUCUGGUGGGUGGAGUGAUGUCGCUAGUAACGAAUGGCUUGCAUACAUCCUCAUGAUCGUCGGCUGGUUCAUCUUGAUCCGAGCAGUGAGCGAUUUCCUGAAAGCACGGAGGCACGAACAAUUAGUACUCCAGAGCCCGGACAGAGGGCUACCUGUUCCUAUAAUCGCUACUGGAGAAGAACCCGAGACGGCUGUCUGA